UUAAAUUCACAAAAACUGGCAAAUAAUACCAUGUUGCCCCAAACAAGAAGGGUGACCCAAGUAAACCACUGAACUUGUCGCCUAUUUAAAAUUAGAAAUCAAUUUUUCAAAAAAAAUUAGACAUCAAAGUCACGACCCCUUCAUCAAUCAUCUCAUUCUUCCGGCGUUCUUCUAUUAAGAUUCAUUGAAGGGAGGAGUAUGGCAGCAGUUGAUUCAUCGAAGAAAGGAUCAUCCUUUUCGAGUUUCCAGUACUCAGGAUUGAAAAGAUUGGGUAGGAGGAACCCGUUUUUAAGAUACGGGCUUCCUCUCAUUUCCCUCACAGUGUUCGGGACUGUGGGCCUUGGUCAUAUGUUGCAAGGGAGUAAGGAUAUUUCCAAAGUAAAAGAUGAUAAAGAAUGGGAGAUCAUUGAGGAACGGAAAGCUCUUUCCAGAACUGGACCUGUUAAUGCAUACAAUCCGAAAAAAAUUUCAUUGGAAGAGGAGCUAAAGGCAUUUCAGGAGAAAGUAGAUAUAAACAGCUACGAAUACAAGAGAAUCCCUCUGCCCAGUGAAGGCAAGUCGGCUAGAUAAGGUUUUUGUAUCCAGGUGUAGGCAGCAGCAGAAGCAUGCUUUUCAAGUUUUCAUGCCAUUGCGUUUUUGUUCACUUUUUUGGCAAAUCCCGUAGUUCUUGGGUCACUGACUCACUGUAUACGUAGUGAAAAUGUAAUGCUUAUUUCAGUUAUUUGCUUUUUUUUUUUCUUUUUUUUGCAAAUAAAAAGGAUAUCUGCACUUUGAUACAUGAUAGAAUCUGCAACUAACAUGAAUGGAAGAGAAUGUGUGUAUAUUCACGGCUUUAAGUUGAUUGAA